CCACAGAAUAUUUUUUUCUCUAGUUUAGACAAAGGUGUGAGGCAGCCGACAUUGUGUUACAGCAGCCGUCAUUAUGGAGGCUCAGAAGCUCAGCCUGAAACGUGAUGUGAGCCUGGUGGGAGCCGUGUCCCUCAUUGGAGGGACAAUGAUCGGUUCUGGGAUCUUCAUGUCACCACAGACGGUGCUCGCCACCAUCGGCAGCCCGGGAGCCAGUCUGGUGGUGUGGGCUUGCUGCGGUCUGCUGGUCAUCCUCGCUUCUUUUUGUUAUGCCGAGCUGGGGACUGUCAUAACAGAAUCGGGGGGAGAGUACAUCUAUAUCUUGAGAACGUCAGGCCCGGUGGUCGCCUUCAUGUUAAUCUUCAGCUCAGUCUUAUUUGCGAGGCCUGCUGGAGUUGCCGGCAUCGCUCUUAGUUUCGCUCAGUAUGUAGUAGCUCCCUUCUAUUCGGGGUGUGCGCCUCCAGAGCUGCUAGUCAAGUGUGUGGCUGCUGCUGCAAUUAUAACACUGGCUACAGUCAACUGCCUUAAUGUUCGAUUCUCAAUGUCUGUGCAAGUGUUUUUUAUGGUGGCCAAGGUCCUGGCACUGGCAGUCAUCAUAGUAGGAGGUGUGGUGAUGCUCUGGAAAGGACACACUCAAAACUUUACAGACUCUUUUGAGAACACCAACGUUGGCAUCAGUUCAAUUGGAAUUGCUUUCUACCAGGGGCUGUGGUCAUUUGACGGCUGGAAUAAUCUCAACUAUGUAACGGAGGAACUAAAACGUCCAGAGGUGAACCUUCCAAGGGCGGUUGUGAUCGCCAUUUCUCUGGUCACCGGCUUGUACCUGCUGGUGAAUGUGAGCUACCUGACUGUAAUGACACCCAAGGAGCUCAUUUCCUCCAGUGCGGUGGCAGUGACAUGGGGGCACAAAGUCUUUGGUUCCUGGGGCUGGAUCAUGUCUAUAGCUGCAGCUUUGUCAGCGUUUGGGUCAUUGAACGGCACAUUCUUCAGUGGUGGUCGGGUGUGCUUUGUCGCCGCACGAGAAGGACACAUGCCAGACAUUCUAGCUAUGGCUCACGUGCACAGACUGACUCCUUCACCAGCACUGAUUUUCACCACCAUCAUCUCCCUGCUGGUGCUCAUUCCUGGAGACUUUCAGAGUAUUGUCAACUUCUUCAGUUUCACUGCUUGGUUUUUCUACGCUAUCACACUGUCUGGGCUCAUCUAUCUCAAGAUUAAGAAGCCGGAACUCCCAAGGCCGUACAAGGUCCCCAUCAUUCUGCCCAUACUGGUUCUCAUUGCAGCAGUGUUCCUUGUGGUGGCUCCCCUCAUUGACAAUCCUCAGAUUGAAUACCUCUAUGUGACUUUAUUCAUCUUCAGUGGCGUUAUCAUAUACAUACCUUUCAUUCAUUACAAGCUAUGCCCAGGUGUGUUAAGCAGGUUAACAGUAUUUCUGCAACUGUUUUUAGAGGUUGCGCCAACAGAAAAAAACCUGUAAUGUUAUUUUGUUAUAUUCAAGUUUUUUUUAAACAUAUAUUAAUGUGUUAGUGUUUUACCUUGACAUUUUUUGACUGUCACCUGCAAGUGAUAAAACACACUGGUAGAUAUGUUUUAAGCCAUAUAGUCACAUAAGGAAUACUAUAUCAAUGGUUCCUUUCACAACUGUCACUUAAAGUGUUUUGUGGGCUCCUACUCUGUGGCUGUUAAAUCAAUUAAAGAAAAUCCACAUUUCUACUUUACAUUUUACAUUUGAAUUUCGUAGUAAUGAUGACAAAAUACAAUAUUGUCUGAUAAGUUGAAUUACCGUCCAAAUCAUCUUCACUUAUGCCGCAAGAUGGGGCCAGAGUGACGUCAAAUACCAGCCAAAGAAAGAAAGGUGAAGUAGUGCCGAGCCAAGAGGCAACAAAGAGUUAAGAACGAAUUGUUUACAAAAAUGUUUAAAAAUUUGCCGAAGGAGUGACUAAUGGCGGCAGCCAAUACAAGUUUUACAGACAUCAUACUAGCCCUACACCCUUUACUGUAGUGUAUACUUCCGGCUGCCUGCUGUAGCGCUAAGCCUUUUGGGCAAUGUAGUACAUCUUGACAUUUACCAACACACCAGCCACUAUUAAUACGUGUUGUGUGACACAUUCAUUGUACUGCUUUGUAUUGGUGGUUAUCCUAUGAACAGGAUUACAUAAUGAAAGUGUUCAGGUAUAUCUAAACUUAUUACUAUUGUUGCACUUUGGAACAGAGUGUCAUGUUGACCAGGUUCAAAUUCGUGGCUAAUGACACAUAACACAAGGCCAAUAAAACUGAUUCUAAAGAUGGACUUUAGUGGUACUAACAAUGACAUUUUCAAUGUAUCUUUUUGUAAUUUGUUUGCUAUGAUAAAUACAAAGCUUUAUGUUGAUAAUUUUUUCUUUUUUUGUGUGUUGUUUUGUCACUUAUGCGGCCCACAAGACAAAA